GCCUACCAUUCAGAUUCAUUUGCACGCAGGUGAGAGGAGCCCAUAUAACUGAUGAGAUGAGAGCUGAAUCCACUUCCUGCAGCACCUUUCAGCUUCAGCGGUUCAGGCAUUAAGUGUACGACUGAAAAAUGAGCUCCCAGCUGGAACAGGCCAUAGAGGGCCUCAUCCAAGUGUUCCACUCCUAUUCGUCAAAAGAAGGCGACAAAUACAAGCUGAGCAAAGCGGAGCUGAAGACCCUGUUACAGCACGAACUCUCAGACUUCAUGGCGGGCUGCAAUGACCCGGGAGGGAUCGACAAGAUUAUGAGCGACUUGGAUGAAAACGGAGACCAAGAAUUAGAGUUCCAGGAGUUUGUUGUUCUGGUCGCUGCGCUGACUGUCGCCUGCAAUGAAUUCUUCGAAGACCACUGCAAAAGCAGCGACAAACAGAAAGCCUGAAAAUCUGUUAUUUUACAUUACAUCGAUGACCCUUUCUUAACACAGUUUAUAUACUAACAAUGUUAGGGACGUAAAUGUUUAAAUUAAUAAUCACAGCACCUUGUAAUGUUGCAAAAGACUCAUCACUGAUGACCAACUUGAUAUUUUUAUGUCCUUCAAAAGACUUGCAUAAAUAAAGAUGUAAUCCUGUU